GGAGAGAGUCACAUCAGCCUGUCUGAAUAUUCCACUGUUUAAUUAAAUGUUGUUUGACAGAAUUACUGGACUGAAUUUCUGAGAGAGAGGGAGAAAGAGAGAGAGAGCGCACAGCCCACUGGCUGAAAGAGAGGAUGCAUCAGAGAGCGAGAGAAACUGUGAUGAUGAUGGAGGAAGGAAAAAUGAACAGAGAGAAGAGAGAUUCACAACACUCUCGCGAUUGAUCAGAAAGCAGGUGUUGGACCUUCAUCCACAUCAGACUGAAGUCAGAGGAGAAAUGGAUGUGCGGUAGGACUCGAUGAGCUCCAGCAUCUGACCGACCGAACUUCUGAUUCACACGAAUCUAGUCUCGAGAUCAUCGAUCAUCAGUUUUCCAUUCUAUUCCAAGCUUUGCGUGUUUCGCGGGAUCUUUUCCUCAUUUCUCGCCUUUAAAUCAGUUUGAAGCGGCAGCGCGCGAACGGAGGCUGAUCAUGAAUAUAAAACACAUCAGAUUCGUCAUAUAAUGGGGAUCGAGGACGCGAGCAUGAGGAACGGACGGGCUCUGUCCGAUCAGUGGGCCGACAGCGUGGUGGUCCGGCCCCGGACGACCGAACAGCACAUCACGGUGCAUAAGAGGCUGGUGCUGGGCUUCGCCAUCUCCAUCCUCACCCUCAUCAUCGUCACGGCCAUCGCCAUCACGCUCAGCGUCAGCUUCGAGAGAUGCGCCGCGGAGAGCAGCGGGGCUCUGGCCGCGAACGGGUCCAGCAACAGUAAGUGGAAACAGUCCCGGGACGGGAACAUCAGUCACAGGGACACAGAGGACGGCCAGCAGCCCUGGAGACAUCUGCGCUUACCGGCCACCCUGCGCCCUCGCCACUACGACCUCCGACUGUCCGUGUACAUGGAGAACUUCAGCUUCUCCGGCGAGGUGAACAUUGAGUUUGAAUGCGUCAACUCCACGAAGUUGAUCGUGCUGCACACGGACCGGCUGGAGGUGGAGAAAGUGCUGGUGUAUUCGGACAGUAAGAAAGCGGGCGCCAUGAGGAUCCAGCGCCGCUUCCACUACCAGCCCAAGCAGGUGUAUGUGAUCGCGCUGCACAGAGAGAUGAAGCCCCUCAGAACAUACAAGAUCAACAUCACUUUCCACGCGCACAUCGAGCACGAGCUUUUGGGAUUCUUCCGCAGCUCGUACUUGCUCAAUGGAGAAAGAAGGUAUCUUGCGGUGACGCAGUUCUCUCCGACUCACGCUAGAAAGGCCUUCCCGUGUUUCGACGAGCCCAUCUAUAAAGCCACGUUCAGAGUGAGUCUGAAACACGAGAGCUCGUAUCAGUCGCUGUCCAACAUGCCAGUGGAGGCUUCAACGUCUGACGAGGACGGAUGGGUGACCAACCAUUUCUCCAGGACGCCCCGCAUGUCCACGUACUACCUGGCCUGGGCCGUGUGCAACUUCACCUACAGAGAAGCAGUUACAGACAAUGGAAUUGUGAUUCGGCUGUACGCCAGGCCUGACGCCAUCCAGAGCGGAUCGGGGGACUACGCUCUGCACAUCACCAAGAGACUCCUGCAGUUUUACCAGGAUUACUUCAAAGUCAAAUAUUCCCUCCCAAAAUUAGAUCUCCUGGCAGUGCCGAAGCAUCCGUAUGCAGCCAUGGAGAACUGGGGCCUGAGCGUGUUUGUGGAGCAGAAGAUCUUGUUGGAUCCUGACGUCUCCUCCUUCUCCUAUCAGAUGGAGCUCACCAUGGUGGUGGUGCACGAGAUCUGCCAUCAGUGGUUUGGGGAUCUAGUCACACCAGUUUGGUGGGAGGAUGUUUGGCUGAAGGAAGGAUUCGCUCAUUACUUCGAGUACAUCGGAACUGAUUUCCUCUUUCCAAAGUGGAACAUGGAGAAGCAGAGGUUUCUGACUGAUGUUCUUCAUGAGGUGAUGUUAUUGGACGGUUUGGCCAGUUCUCAUCCGAUCUCUCAGGAAGUGUUUGAAGCCACAGACAUCGAUAGAGUGUUUGACUGGAUCGCAUAUAAGAAGGGAGCCGCUCUGAUCCGUAUGCUGGCGAACGUCAUGGGACAGACGCUAUUCCAGAGAGGCCUCAAUGAUUACUUGAUGACGCACAUGUAUGGGAACGCAGCGAGAGAUGACUUGUGGAACAAAUUCUCUGAGGCCAUGCAGCGGGAGGGAAAGGACAUCAACAUCACGCAGGUCAUGGACCGCUGGACCCUGCAGAUGGGCUACCCUGUCGUCACCAUCAGCAAGAAUGACAGUCUUGACAACAGUGUCUCCAUCUCCCAAGAGCACUUUGUCUAUGACACGGACGCCAAGAUCCAGAAUCCUGAGCUGUUCAACAAAAGCUUUCAGUGGCAAAUACCGCUGACGCUUGCAGUGGGAAACUCCAGUCACAUAUCAACAGACACCAUCAUAUGGGUCUCCAAUAAAACAGAGACUCACAGAGUGGGUCACAUGGGCGGCGAGACGUGGUUGCUGGGAAACAUCAAUCAAACGGGCUACUUCAGAGUGAACUACGACCUCCACAACUGGAGACUUCUCAUUCAACAGCUGAUGACCAACCCAAUGAUCAUCUCUGUGGGCAACAGGGCCGGUCUGAUUGAUGACGUCUUCAACCUGGCGAGAGCGGGGUAUUUGCCCCAAAACGUCCCCCUGCAGAUGAUCUCAUAUUUGUCUCAGGAGACUGAGUUUUUGCCCUGGCACGCUGCUAGUCGAGCUCUUUACCAGCUGGACAAACUCCUGGACCGCACUGAAGACCACAGCCUGUUCAGCGACUAUGUUCUAAGACAGGUGGAACCAAAGUAUCACAAGUUGGGCUGGCCAACCACUUCCCCUGACGGCUCCUUCAUGCAGGCGGCUUAUCAGGCCGAAGAGCUACAAAGAGAGGUGAUCAUGCUGGCCUGCAGUUUUGGAAGCAAACACUGUCACCGCCAAGCUGUGUCUCUCAUUUCAGACUGGAUUUCCAGCAACAAGAACAGGAUUCCACCUAAUGUGCGGGACAUUGUGUACUGCACAGGUGUGUCUCUGAUGGAUGAAGACGUGUGGGAGUUUAUCUGGAUGAAGUUUCACUCCUCUACAGCCAUCUCUGAGAAGAAGGUUCUUCUGGAAGCCUUGACCUGCAGUGACAACAUCUUCCUGCUCAACAGGCUCCUGAAUCUGUCUCUCACCUCUGACCUGGUGCCGGAUCAGGACGUGAUCGAUGUCAUCAUACAUGUGGGCCGCAAUCCGCUGGGAAGACAUUUAGCAUGGAGAUAUUUCCGCGAGAAGUGGGACAUAUUGAAUUCCAGGUAUGGAGAAGCUUUAUUUAUGAACUCAAAAUUAAUCAGCGGCGUGACAGAGUUUCUCAACACUGAGGCGGAGUUGAGUGAGUUGAAAGAGUUCAUCCUAACCAGCGGGGGAGAGUCGGCACCUGCGUUCGCUCGAGCUGUUGAGAUCGUUCAAGCUAAUGUAAAAUGGCACAUCCUGUUCCAGCAGCAAUUUUACCGAUGGCUGCAAAAAGCUCCGGAUGGUUAACACAACAUUAAGCAUGGAGCGCUCUGUUAGCAUGAAAACUCGUGGUCAGCGACGUGGGGAGAUUUAAGUGAAAUUAAAAAAAAAAAAAAUCUGAAAAACUAUUCUGGACAAUGAGAAUCAGAAAAAUUGAGCUUUUAUUUCCCUGCUCUUUUUUUAAACGACCAGGCACUCACAGACCAGGAAGAAAGGAAUGGGUGGAAAAAACAGGAAUCAACGCUGGAAAUUGCAUGGUGGCGUACGUUGGUAGCAACAGCCGAUUUACAAUCCAUUUCCCCUUGUAUUUUGCAUGAAAGUCAUUUCCUUCUUCCAGUCAUUCUGUGUGCUGAAGUUUGACCUAAGAAUAUCGGAUUUGUUUUGAAGACCAGACGGCGCUACAAAGAGAUUGCUCUUCGGUAUAUACAAACACAGUUUAGAUUAAGCACAAAGACGUGACAAUCAUCAGUGUUUUGAUUGGAACAGGACGAGGAGGACAAAGAGGAGAAAUAUUCAUGUAGCCUUUUCUCUCUCUAAAGCCAUAAAAGGGGAGCAGACUGAAUUUUAUCUCUUGUACAGAUGACGUUUAUUGUUUGAUCAAUUGACGGCACUCAACGGUCGUCGGAAGACGGAAUCUUCUAUCGAGCGUUCGGAGGGCUUUCAGCGGGUCCCAUCUGAAGCGGUGAUGGUUUAACCCCUGGUGUCCGGGAUCGUUUGCAUUCUAAUAGUGUUACUCUUUGCUCUCCUGUUUUUGGAGGGUUUGUCCUUGAAUAUGGUGUGUUUGUUUGAGUGGAAAAAAAAUGAUCAAUGUGUCGAUAUUUUCAUGUAUAAUUCAUUGAUCCUCUGGAGGGAGGUCAAUGCAGUGCUGAGAUGUGUUAUCUUGGAGUGGUGGAUAGCGUGGGGUUCUGAAUGGACGGUAAUCAUGGAGACCAGUUAUGAAGGUUUCCAUAGUUUUAUCUUUUUUUCUCAGUAUUUUCUUUCUUUUUUUAAUGAACAUGAAUGGUUAAACAUGGAACAUUCCUACUGAAAAUAGCAUAGUGGUUGACUGAUAUUGGGGAGUUAUGUAUUUUUGACUUGUUUUCCAGUAAGAAUAUUCAAAAAUAUCUGUUAAGCAAGACAAAACUACAUUUGAAGCAAAAUUGCAUAAAAUGAUGCUUUUCAGAGAAUAUAUCUUGAAUUUAUUUUUUCUUA